AUGACCACGAGCACAGCUCGACAGUGGAUUGUGCUGGCCGGGAGCUGUAGCCACUCAGGGCACUGGGAUAUGGACAGCGGCUAUGGACAACGAGGACAGGUGAUCAGAUGCAGGGCUGCUGUACUCUGGGAGCCUGGAGCCCCACUUCACAUCGAGGAGAUAGACGUGGCCCCACCAAAGGCGAAGGAAGUCCGAAUAAAGGUGGUGGCCACAGGAAUCUGUGGUACUGAUAUACAAAAAAUGAACACAAAAGGGUUUUCUCAGUUUUGCCCCACCAUUAUGGGCCAUGAAGGAACCGGAAUAGUCGAGAGUGUGGGAGAGGCAGUAAGCACAGUGAAAACAGGUGAUAAAGUUAUCAUCUUGUGCAUCCCACAAUGUGGAAAGUGUAACACGUGCCUGAAUUCAAAGAACAAUAUUUGUGCUGAAAUUAGGCUGUCAAGGGCAAAUCUGGCAUCUGAAGGCAACAGCAGAAUUACCUGCAAGGGGAAGUUUGUGCAUCAGUUUAUUUCUAUAGGUGCCUUCUCUGAAUACACGGUCAUAAAGGAAAUGUCAGUUGCCAAGAUUGAUGAGAGCGCUCCUCUGGAGAAGGUGUGCAUAAUUGGCUGCGGGUUUGCCACUGGCUAUGGCGCUGCAAUCAACUCUGCCAAGGUGACCCCAGGCUCCACCUGUGCCGUGUUUGGCCUCGGAGGUGUUGGUCUGUCUGUCAUCAUUGGCUGUAAAAUGGCAGGAGCAUCCAGGAUCGUCGCGGUAGACAUCAACAAAGACAAGUUCGCGAAGGCCAAAGAGUUGGGUGCCACUGAGUGCAUUGACCCACAGGACUUCGAGAAACCCAUUCAAAAAGUCUUAUUUGAUAUGAUGAAUGGUGGCGCAGACUUCUGCUUUGAGGUCACUGGAAAUGCAGAAACGGUGGCAACAGCCUUGGCCUCCUGUCACAAUGACCAUGGACUCUGCGUGACUAUUGGAUCAAUAGCAUCUUGGGUUCCACUCACCCUCAGCAGCCAGCUGUUCUUCUCAGGACGUGCUCUGAGAGGCUCUGUUUUGGGAGGCUGGAAAACCAAAGAGGAAAUGCCUAAGCUGGUUUCUGACUAUAUGGCAAAGAAGUUUAACCUAGACCCACUGAUUACCCACACCCUGCCUCUCCAUAAGGUCAAUGAAGCAAUUCAGCUGAUGAAAAACGGGCAAUGGUAAAUCA